AUUCCAAAAAUUAACAACAACCCACAUCAAGAUUCAUCAAUUUAACAAAAAAAAAAUUUAAAAUUUGAUUAAAAAUGGUGAAACCCAAUUCGAAAGAUACUGAAUUUUCACAGUCUUCGUCGUCGUUGUAUCGGGGAGUACGGAAGAGGAAAUGGGGGAAAUGGGUAUCGGAAAUUAGAUUACCUAAUAGUAGAGAAAGGAUUUGGUUGGGUUCUUAUGAUACGCCGGAAAAAGCUGCUAAAGCAUUUGACGCCGCACUUUUUUGUUUGCGGGGUAAAGGGGCUAAUUUCAAUUUCCCGGAAAAUCCGCCGGAGAUUAUGAACGGAAGGACGAUGACUCCGUCGGAGAUUCAAUCGGCGGCGGCGCAGUUUGCGAAUAAUACAGAACCCGAACUUAUCCGGGUCGGGCCAAGGGAGAAUUCGGAUCUUUCUUCUUCCUCAUCGGAAAUAUUUCGAGCGGAAUCACCGUCGGUGUCAGUUUCCGAUAGAGUAGAAAGUGAAAAGACGGAAAUAACCUUGGGUAAUGAUUUUAUCGAUAUGUAUCGGGUGGAGUCUAGAGUGGAAAGUGAAAAGACGGAAACGUCCUUGGAUAAUGGAUUUAUGGACAUGUUUUCGUCGUUAGGGACGGUUAAUGAUAUGUCUGAUUUCGGAAUUUUUCCGGGGUUCGAUGACUUAUCGGGUGAAUUUUUUAUACCACCACAACCAUCACCACCACCGCAAAUGCCUAAUUUGGAAUCAUUAGAAGAAGAGAAUUAUUUGAACUAUGAUGGAUUUCAAUCACAAGGGACUUCAUUUCUUUGGAAUUUUUGAAGGAUUUUAAAAAUGUUACAUUAUAUUCAUUAAUGGUUAAUAAUAUAAGUUUAUAAAAUUAGAAAUAGUACUAAAAAUUAGUAUUAAGUAGGAUUAAGAGAACUUAUUUGAAUUUUAAAACUUUAUUUGAUGAUUUUGUAGACAAUUCUAGACAUUUUUUUGGUUGCUAGAAUUGUUACAACAUAUGUGAUUUGUACACAUAAUAAAGAGAAUGUAUUUUUUGACUAAUCAAUAUGAAAAUCACUUUAUAGUAGUAAA